UGUCAAAUAGAUGUUUAGAAAAUGUCUUUAAGAUGUUUAUGAUUAAUAAUGUAUGUAAAAGUGACAUCUUAAAGACGUCUAUCAGAUGUUUGUGAACAGUAGAUUCUUUCCAGAUGAAGUGAUCUUUAACAGACAUCUUGCAGACGUACGUGUGCUCUGAUGCUGAUACUAUGAGCACGGGUGAACCGAGGACUUGAAUGAGGGGGUGAAUUUGAGGAAAUGUACAUUUAUUUAAUAACACAUAAAUGUACUGGAAUAUGCAUAGUAAUCAAACAACAUUUUUAUUAGAACAUGUAACAACUGUUCAGUCAAAACAUGUAUACCGAUGUCAUCUGCCUUGAUGAAAGCAGUUCAGUAUCAGGUUUGUACCGUAAGGUUUUGGAGACAUAAUUCAAGCCUCAUGGACUGUUUGUUAAUACAUAAUAGUUGUUCAUUAUUUAAUACUAUUUGUUACAGUUUGGCUCAUAACUGCAACAAAAAGGGCGAUCACAAAAUAUUUACAGUUGCAAAACAUUUAUUUAUCACAAGGUUCUAGGGGAAAACAUAAUGAAAUAUAAAAAAUAAAGAAGACAAAAACUAGUUCAAUCAUGGCCACGAGGUAGAUGGGUCAAACCAGGAUCUCAUGAUGGUGGAGGUGUUCAAAUACAAGAGCAUCUGCCAUGAGCUCAUUCCUGCUAAACGCAAGAGAAGAACAAAGAGCAUCGAACAACCCCACAGCUCUACUGGUUACUGAACAGGAACUUAAAUACCCACAGCCCAUCCAGACCAGGUGUUCACAAUAACACAAUCACAGACGGACAGUGAUGGAUAACAGAUAGAAAGCAAAACCAAACCAAAAGAGAAUAACAUGGUAAGACCUUGACACUAUUAUUUAGGAUGUGCUCCAUUUAUUUAUGUAUUGCUUCCUUAUUUUUCCAAGGAAUCGAUGAAAGUGACGUGGACUCUGAUAUGGUCGGUUCAUGUACUUUUCAUUUUUCCUUUUUUAACUAUGACUAGAUAACAACAAUUUCAUUAAAAAAAAAAAAAAACCAACAACAUUUUGAACAAAAAGCUGAGAAAACCGUGUUUUUGUCAGAGUCUUUGUCCAGAUGGGAUUCAGAAUGAUGAUCAAACAUGGAGUAGAUUGAGUCCAUCAACAACUCAAAGCUUCACAAUCGUUUCCUCUUCAUGAGUUCAACAUUUGAUUCUGUAGCAUUUGGCAGUUUUUAAUUAUAUACUGUUGAAUGUCUGAUGAUUGUGUUAUUUUACUUGUGUGUAAAGAACUUCUAUCUGCUUCUUCUGGUUUAUGCAGGUCUUCUUCUUUGCUUGUUUUUGGAUCUGGAGAUCCUCCACUCUUUCUGAUUCAUACGAUCACUCUCUCUCGUCAUUAUUUGUCUCCCUGCCGCUGACCACAAGCAACAGACUAAACCUCUUACUUCUGGUUGCAAACUUCCGGCUUUAGUAGCAGAAACUUCCUUCUGUGUAAGUAUUGAGCAAUAGAUGCAAGACAUGGGCAUGAAUAGCAUGUUUAAAGUGUGAUAUUCUUGCUCACUGUACGUGUCACUUGCUCUUCCAGCAAUCUGAUAAUGCUGUGAGAACUAACUGAUCCAGCCCUAAAGCUUCAGUGGAUUACAGCAGUAAAUCCAGUGAAUCCAGCGGGAGGAAAAUGCUGUCGUGUUUGAAAACAUGCCUCUGAUUGGGAGCAUUAAAUAGCAAAUGUAUAUGGGUCAUUCUACAGAAUUGGUGCAAAGUCAGACGUUGGAAAAUAUAUAUUUUUGCUAUUUAAAAAAAAAAAAAAAAAGUUUUCACAAGUAAAUCAAUAACAAUUACAAUUUUAACUAUAUUUCAAGUGUAAUUUAUGAGAUUUGUUGUAUUUUGAAUCCAGUCUUUCUUUGUAAAAGUCAUAAAGUUUAUCAUACUGAUUUCAAAGUGAAGGAUUCAUUAGUUUGAAUAUACAUUGAGCCAAACACUAUAAUAACAUCUUAGCUGAUCAUUCAGUAUACUUUAUUUUUGACAAAACAUCUCAUGUUUCAGUCAUGACUGCACAUUUUUGGUAGUGACAGUAAUGUGUUGGUAGUGACCACAUCACAUUACACAAUUUAACUCACAUACUAAAACAUAUUAAAACAUUAAAAUACUAAUGAUUUGCAUAACUGUACUAAAAUUUUGUUUAUUUCCGUCAAACUAAAUGAUUAUGUGUUCCCUUUUGUCACUAUCAAAACAAUGAUGACAUGUUUCAGUCGUGACUGUUUCAGUAGUGGCAAUUUUAGAUACUUUUGAGCCACUCAAAGAUGAUAAUCAGCACAUGGUUAGCUAACACAGUUCUGAACAGUUGUACACACAUAAAAACAAAAUUUUAUGGAAGAACACUGUAAAAAGUUUGCUUAAUUGCAGAAAAAAGGUAUUUGUUAGUGACGUUCCUUAAAGUUACACAGAUUUUUUUUAGACUUUUGAACACAUUUAACUCAAAAUGAUGGACCUAUUUACAAUGAAAGAGAGGCAUGUAACAUGACAUGAAAAUUUGGGAACAACAAUGGAAAAAAUUGCAAAAAUUAUUUUAGUAUCAUUUUCACAAGUUGAAAUUUAGGGCUUAGGGUUCAGGACAGCCACCUCCCAAUUAAAGGUACCCAAUAAAUGAUGAUUUUAUAUAUAUUAAUCUUACUGAUAUUUUAAAUAUUAUUGUGGGAUUCAGCAGAUAAUUGAAGGAUCUUAGUAAACAUCUAAAAUUUGAAUACUUAAAUGCUUUUUAAAUGUGUUUUUUGGUUGUGGGACAGCAGUUUGCACCAAUUCUGUAGAAUGGACCAUAUAGUAUCUAUAAAUAUUCAGGCAAAUAUAUACAGUGACAGGAGAUUGAAUGUGUGUGCUGACGUCUGACUCUCAUUCUUCUGAUUCUUAUGUCUCUUCCUGUUUCACUUUACGGAAGUGAAAGAAAUUUCAGUUCAACACGACAGUUCAGAGGAGGAAAAAGGAAGAUCUACAAAUACUACAAAUAAUCUGUGAAGUGAGUCAGUGACAGAAGAUGACGUCUGUUCAAGACCAGCUUCUGGAGACACUGGAGGAUCUAGACAGUGAAAAACUGAAGAAGUUUCAAUGGAACUUAAAGAAUGAUGGUCUUGCUUCAACUGUUGAUCUGGAGAAGGCAGAUGCUAUUGACACAGUAAAUCAAAUAGUUUCACGCUGUGGACCAGAAGGAGCUGUGCAGAUUACACUGGAUAUCCUGAGAAAAAUGAAGGAAAACCAUCUGGCUGAACAGUUAGAGGACAUACUUAAAGAUCGAUGUAAAUGCUUGGAAACAGCAGAAAAACACAGAGUAAAACCAGGCUCAACUGCAGAUGAUGAUUUCACAAAGACCAGCCAUAAACUGAAAUACAAAUUAGAACAGGACUACAAGCGGAUAUUGGUUGCUAAUUCACAGAUGGGUGAGCAAGAAUACCUGAAUGAUAUUUACACUGAUUUAUAUGUGGUGGAGAAUGUGACUGGAGGAAGAGUGAAUGACCACGAGGUGAUACAGAUCGAAUCGAGUCACAAUGGAUUGACUGCCAAGGAAAAGCCAAUCGAGUGUAAUGACAUGUUUAAAGUCCAGCAUGACACGGGUCGACGAAACAGAAAAGUGCUGACAAUGGGGAUCGCAGGAGUGGGAAAAACUGUCGCUGUCAAUAAAUUCAUUCUUGACUGGGCUGAGGGAAAAGAAAAUCAAGAUAUAGCCUUAAUUUUCCCUUUGCCUUUUCGUCAGCUAAACCUGAUUACAGAGAACAGCAGUCUCAUGGGACUACUUCACGAAUACUUCUUUAGUGAUCCUAAAGAACUGCACUCUCUACCUGAAGGUGAUGGUAAGGUCUUGUUCAUUUUUGAUGGGCUGGAUGAAUGUCGCUUCAAUUUAAACUUUAAAGAGGGUGGCAGAUUUACAGAUGUUCACAAAAAAACAACAGUGGGUAAGAUAUUUACAAGCCUGAUAAAGAGACAUCUGGUUCCCUCUGCUCUCAUCUGGAUCACAUCCAGACCAGCAGCAUCCAGUCUGAUACCCCGAAACUACAUUGAUCAGGUGACUGAAGUGCGCGGAUUUAAUGAUGAGCAGAAAGAGCAAUACUUCAUCAAAAACAGCAGUUCUGAGGUUGCUGGAAACAUUAUCCAUCACAUCAGAAAAUCCAGGAGUCUGUACAUCAUGUGCCACAUUCCUGUCUUCUGCUGGAUCUCUCUCACUGUUCUUCAGCCUCUACUGGCUAGAGAGAGCAAUGACAAAACUCCCACAACUCUCACAGAGAUGUACACAAGCUUCUUAAUUUCUCAGCAACAACAGAUGGAAGAAAAAUACUGUGAUGAGCCUGAACCAAAAGCCAAUGCAAGGUCUUUUGAUCAGAUUAUUCUGAAGCUUGGAAAAUUAGCCUUUAAACAGCUGGAGAAAGGUCAACUGAUUUUCUACAAAAAAGAUCUUGAGAAAUGUGGACUAGAUGUCAAUGAAGGGUUGGUGUACUCUGGGUUAUGCACUCAGAUCUUUAAAAAGGAAAAGGUUGCAGCCAGAAACGUUUACAGCUUCGUACAUCUCAGCAUCCAGGAAUUCCUUGCUGCUCUAUAUGUGUUUUUUAUUAACAAAGACAAGAAAGCAAACCCAUUUCUUCAAUCCUGGAAAAAAAAAACACAGAAACUCUUCAAAAAGCCACUGUUUCAGCUUCAUAAGGCUGCGAUCAAGGCGGCUUUAGAAAGCAAGAAUGGACACCUGGAUCUUUUCCUCCGGUUCCUCCUGGGUCUCUCACUGGAGUCCAAUCAGACUGACCUACAGGAACUACUGCCAGGACUGGAACUGAAAACAGAAAAUGUUAAAGACACUGUUGACUAUAUCAAACAGAUGAUAGAGAUGGAGAAAUCAGUGGAAAGGACCAUCAAUCUCUUCUACUGUCUGAGUGAACUGCAAGAUGACUUUGUGGAGGAAAUCCAGAAGAAUCUGAACACAGGAGAACUUUCAGAACAUAAUCUCUCCUCUGCUCAGUGGUCUGCUCUGGUGUUUGUGCUCCUCAUGUCAGAAGAGACUCAAGAGAUGUUUGAACUGCAGAAAUACAGAGGAUCUGAUGAAGCAGUGAUGAGACUGCUGCCAGUGAUCAAAAACACCAGAAGAGCACUGCUACAGUGCUGUAAUCUCACUGCUCAGUGUUGUGAAAGUUUGUCUUCAGCUCUACAAUCCUCAUUCUCUUUCCUGAGAGAGCUGGACCUGAGUAACAAUGGCCUGCAGGAUUCAGGAGUGGAGCUUCUUUCUGAUGGACUGAAGAAUUCAAACUGUCAGCUGGAGAUACUCAGGUUGUCUGGCUGUAUGGUGACAGAGAAAGGCUGUCGUUAUGUGUCUUCAGCUCUGAGUUCAAACCCCUCACAUCUGAGAGAGCUGGAUCUGAGCUACAAUCAUCCAGGAGAUUCAGGAGUCAAGCUGCUCACUAAAAAACUGGAGGAUCCAAACUGCAAACUGGACAAACUCAAGCUACAGUGCUGUAAUCUCACUUUUCAGUGUUGUAAGAGUUUUUGUUCAGCUCUACAAUCCUCAAUCUCUUUCCUGAGAGAGCUGGACCUGAGUAACAAUGACCUGCAGGAUUCAGGAGUGGAGCUCCUUUCUGAUGGACUGAAGAGUCCAUACUGUCAUCUGGAAAUACUAAGGUUGUUUGGCUGUAUGGUGACAGAGAAAGGCUGUCAUUAUGUGUCUUCAGCUCUGAGUUCAAAGCCCUCACAUCUGAAAGAGCUGGAUCUGAGCUACAAUCAUCCAGGAGAUUCAGGAAUCAAGCUGCUCACUAAAAAACUGGAGGAUCCAAACUGCACACUGGAAAAACUCAAUGUGGAUCAUGGAGGAGAGAACAGGAUUACAGCAGGACUACAAAAAUAUUCCCUUCAGUUCACUCUGGAUCUGAACACAGCACAUAAAUAUCUUCAUCUGUCUGAGAGGAAUGGAGUGAUUACUUACACUGACACAGUCCAGCUGUAUCCUGAUCAUCCAGACAGAUUUGAUUAUUAUCAGCAGGUGUUGUGUAGAGAGAGUGUGUGUGGACGCUGUUACUGGGAGAUUGAGUGGAGAGGAUGUGUGGAUAUAUCAGUCUCAUAUAAGCGCAUCAGCAGGAAGGGACAGGGUGAUGAGUGUGUGUUUGGACGUAAUGAUCAGUCCUGGAGUUUGAUUUGCUUUCCUGACAGUUACUCAUUCAGACACAAUAACAGAGGGACUAAACUCCCUGUAGAGCCCAUCAGCAGUAGAAUAGGAGUGUAUGUGGAUCACAGUGCAGGAACUCUGUCCUUCUACAGCAUCUCUGGAGACACAAUGAGCCUCAUCCACACAGUCCAGACCACAUUCACUCACACGCUCUAUCCUGGGUUUUAUGUUUAUAAUGGAUCAUCAGUGAAACUGUGUUAAUGAAUCGAGAUAGACUGUAGAGAGAUUCUACCCAUAAUGAUUUGAGCUCAUGAUGAAUCAGUGACUGUCACAUGCUGGCUUGACUAGAUUAUCCAAGAUAAGAGGCUUGAUUGAGAAAGAUGAUGAACACUUAUAUUUAAUAAACACCAGCAGGAAAGGGUAACACAAGACAAUGAAUGGUAACACUUCACAAUAACAGUACAUGAAUAAUCAUGUACUAAUACCUGAAUUAAUAGUUACUUCAACAUGAACUCAUGAUUAAUGAAGAUAUGAACUAAUCAUGAACUAAUGAAGUGCUAUCCUUAACUAUGACAGGAGUCAUAAGGAUUCAUGCAUGAAAACAGCAGCCUUAACUACAUGUUAAUACAUGUUUGAUAAUUAAUGCAUUAAUUAACAUUUAGGGUAAACUAAAUCAAACAGUCUCUAUAAGAAGGAAUAAGAAAUAUUUGGACUUUGAAAUAAAUUUAAACAAUUUAUUAUUGUCAUCAUUUAAACAACUGACAUCAGCAGCUUCGUUAUAAACAUUACUGAAAGGCACAGGAUUAGUUUGUCAUUAUUUUCACUGAUCCUCCAUAUCAAACAUAUAAAAUACUAAAUCCACUAAUAAGUUAUCUUAAAAGGUAUUAAUCUGUUUUGUGAUAUUCUUUCCCAUCAAACUAAACCUACUGUGACUUACAUCAGUUCCUGAGGAAUCAGUUCCCAAAAAAACAAACAGGAAACACGCACUAAAGUCAGGGAACGUUUGCUGGGUAUCAAUAGUUCACUCUCCAUCCAGACGCAGGCCAUGAUGAUACUGUACCUCCAUUCUCUGGCUUUUUAAAAGCCACACAACAUCACUUAAUGGGCUCAAUACUAGUUGUACUAGUACAUGUGUAUUUGAUAGUAAGUUAAUGAUAAAUCAUGAGCUGAAUUUGGUAAGUAGUUAACAGUAAAUUAAUUAUGAUGUGCCUACUCAAGUAAAGUCAUGACAAAAUUAUGCAUUAACAAGCCAUUAGUUGAUGCUAGUAUACGGUUAGUUAAUAAUGAGUUAAUUAUGAUGUGCCCCCUCAAGUAAAGUCAUGACACAAUGAUGCACUUACAAAUCAUUAACUAAUAUAUGAAUAAACACUAUCCUGUCAUAAACACCAUCCUUACUCCUUUACACUCCUGGUACAAAAAAAAAAAAAAAGUUUUAUAUUUCUUUUAUUUUUAUUUAAAUAAUAAAAAAAUAUAUAUAAACUUAAAAGCAAGCCAUAAAUAUACCUGUAAAGUCACAUAAGGCACAUUUACAUGUAAAAUAGGGCAUGUCCACAAGCUAAUACUAAUUGAAGCAUUUACAUUUAAAUGACAAAAAUACAAAUACAGUAAAUAACUGUAUAUAACCUCCUGAAAAUCCCAAUAAAACAUACAUGUAAACAUGUCUUUAUUUAUUAAUUCGGUUUAUCAAAGCAGUCAACAUUUAUUAGUUUUUCACAAGUUUGCCUGCCCAUUCAGUGUGAAUGGUUAAUGGUAAAACAAACUUGGCUUGCUGUCCUCGAAGGAGGCUCGGACCCGAGGCUCCGCUCAAGCUCUGAGUUAACCCCCCCUAUAACAGUACUGCAUAGAGGGAGAAUAAGAGAUGGGGAGGAGGAGGGAUGCUGGAAGAAUUGUCGGUGGGAUGACGCAGUGACUGCUGCUUAUAUACGCUCGUAAUGAUGAUUGACAGAAUUGAAUGUUUAGGCUCCUCCCGAACCUACGUUUGGAACUACAUAAAAUGCCAGCAUUACCGUAUGAACACAACAAACACUCCAAGAGAACACCUAGAGUGCACCACUAAUGAGUGUCCAACCAGAAACCCUACAUACUUUAGUUCUGGGAAGAAACUAUGACUGUUUAGCUGUGACUAAAUAUAAAUGAACUAUAAAAAUCAGAAAACAGUUUAGAUCAAAUUAAAUUUAUUAGUGGUAGUUAGUCUAUUUUCCACAUUUGAUUAGACAGAUCUAUGUAAUUAAUGGCUAAAUAUUUCUUAUUCGUUCUUAUAGAAACUGUUUUAUUUAGUUUACC